UAAUCCUCCACGAGCCAUAAAGACCAUUCAGCCAAUUCCGCACUCGUUCCAGGCCAUGCAGAGCGGUCGCAUGGGCGGCCGCGGCGAGCGGCGCAACCCGCUGGUGAAGCAGCUCGUGCUGGAGAAUGACCGUCCGGCCAAGAUCAGUCACCUGAACUUCGGACUUCUCUCGGAUGUGGACAUGAUGCGCAUGUCGGAGCUUCGCGUCCAGUCCAAGGACCUGUUCAAGGUGCAGACGCGCGAGCCUCAAGCCAACGGCGUGUUGGAUAAGCGUCUGGGUGUGUCCAACAAGAAGGACACAUGCGAGACGUGCCACCUCAAGCUGGCGGACUGUGUGGGUCACUUUGGCUACAUUAAACUGGAGCUUCCCGUGUUCCACAUCGGCUACUUUAAGGCCAUCACGGAGAUUCUGCAGAAUAUCUGUAAGAGCUGCAGUCGUGUGCUACUGCCACCGACGGAAAGAGAGCUCUUCCUUAGGAGGAUGAGAGACCCUAAGGCCGACGUGCUGCGGCUCGUGGGUCUCCGUAAGAAGAUCGCCACGUUAUGUAAGAAGACAGUCAAGUGUCCGCACUGUGACGCCAUCAACGGUACAGUGCGCAAGGUCACGAGCACCACGUUAAAACUGGUACACGAGAAGUACCGCGCCAAGGCCACUCACGACUUGAGGAACGUGUUUGUGGCUCAGUUCGCAGAGGCUCAAGCUAAUAAUCCGGAGAUCGGAGCUCAUUUACCCAAGGCACAGGAAGAUCUGAGCCCUCUCGUGGUACAGCAGCUGUUCAAGGAGAUCCCGGAUCAAGACUGUGAGUUGCUGUGGGUGGACGCCGAUGGAGGACGCCCAGAGAAGCUUAUCUUAAACUCUGUAUUGGUGCCGCCUGUGUGCAUUCGUCCAUCUGUGGCUAUGGAUGGAGGAACGGGUAGUAACGAGGACGAUAUUACCGUCAAGCUUCAAGAAAUCGUACAGGUGAACUUCGCGCUCCGUGCUGCACUGCAGAAGGGCGCGUCGUUGAAGAUGGUCAUGGAGGACUGGGAUUUCUUGCAGAUUCAGGUGGCACAGUUGAUGAAUGGCGACACUCCAGGCUUAGUGAAGCCUCCUGGAGCGAAGACUGGCAUCCGUGGCCUCUGUCAGCGUCUGAAGGGCAAGCAAGGUCGAUUCCGUGGCAACUUGUCCGGAAAGCGUGUGGAUUUCUCUGGUCGUACAGUUAUCUCGCCCGAUCCGAACCUACGGAUUGACCAAGUUGGUGUACCUGAACAUGUGGCCAAGACGAUGACGUACCCGGAGAAGGUGACGCGCUACAACAUCGAGAAACUGCGCAAGUGCGUCGUGAAUGGACCCAAUGUCCACCCUGGUGCGAAUAUUAUUCGUAUUGAAGGACAGAAAUUCACCAAGAACUUGAUGUAUGGCGAUCGCGCGAGCUUGGCCGAUGAACUCAAGAUCGGAGACAUCGUGGAGCGUCACAUGGAAGACGGCGACAUUGUGCUGUUCAACCGUCAGCCUUCGCUCCACAAGAUGUCGAUUAUGUCUCAUCGUGUCAAGGUGAUGCCGUGGCGUACCUUCCGCUUCAACGAGUGCGUGUGUUCUCCUUACAAUGCCGAUUUCGACGGUGACGAAAUGAAUAUGCAUCUUCCACAGACGGAGGAGGCGCGUACGGAGGCUAUUACACUGAUGGGAGUGGAGCAGAACUUGAUUACGCCUCGCAAUGGUGAGCCGCUAGUAGCAGCCACGCAGGAUUUCCUUACAGCUUCGUAUCUGCUUACGCAGAAGAAUGUUUUUUUCAAUCGGGAGCAAUUCUGUCAGGUCAUUUCGAUCAUGAGCGACGCGAACGAACACAUUGAGCUGCCUCCUCCAGCAAUUAUCGUACCGGUGCGUCUGUGGACGGGUAAACAGGUUAUCAGUCUGUUGGUUAAGCCUAAUUCUCAAACGAAGGUGCUGGCAAAUCUGGAGCUGAAGGAGCGCAACUACACGAACAACAAGUACAUGUGCUGGAAGGAUGGAUACGUCUGCUUCCGUAACAGUGAGCUCAUUUGCGGUAACCUGGGCAAGAAAACGUUGGGUGAUGGCAGCAAGCAGGGUCUUUUCUACGUGUUGAUUCGGGAUCAUGGAUCUCACGAGGCAGCGCGAUGCAUGAAUCGUUUGGCGAAGCUGUGUGCGCGUUGGCUGGGCAACUUUAAGGGUUUCUCGAUCGGUAUUGACGAUGUUACGCCGUCGGAGGAGCUUGCUAAGGAGAAACAGAAGCUUCUGCAGGCUGGUUACGACGCUGCCAAUAACUCUAUUGAGGAAUACCGACGUGGCAAGCUUUCGUUGAAGCCUGGUUGCAAUGCCAUCCAGUCGCUAGAGAGCGAACUUAACGGUCUACUUGGUAAGCUGCGUGAGACUGCUGGUGCCGAGUGUAUGCGCACGCUUCCGUUCCACAACAACCCGCGUAUUAUGGCUGAGUGUGGCUCGAAGGGUAGUGCUCUUAACAUCUCGCAAAUGAUGGCGUGUGUGGGUCAGCAGUCCGUGGGUGGCAAGCGUGUUCCAGAGGGCUUUGUGAACCGUACGCUGCCUCACUUCCUGCCGCAUGCUCUACACGCCAGUGCCAAGGGUUUCGUCGCCAACUCGUUCUACAGCGGACUGACGGCGACGGAAUUCUUCUUCCAUACCAUGGGUGGACGUGAAGGUCUGGUCGAUACUGCUGUGAAGACGGCCGAGACAGGUUACAUGGCUCGUCGUUUGAUGAAGGCUCUGGAGGAUCUAUCGUGCCAAUACGACCAAACUGUGCGCAACUCCGAAGGCUCAGUGGUGCAGUUUACUUACGGUGACGAUGGGCUAAACCCGGCGUACAUGGAAGGCGAUGACCGACCCGUGGACUUCCACCGUCUGCUGGAACACAUUCGUAAUACUUUACCUGAUCACGAGUCUCCGGCAUUGCUACCAUUUGAGCUUCGUCGCUUGGGUAAGCAGGUUGUGCAGCGUCCGCAGUUCCAGGCUAUUUUGCCGACUGGACGCAAGUUUUUGAUUGAGAUCGAAGAGUUCCUAUGCUCCGUUGCGAGUGAAAUCGCUGCCAACCGUACGAGUUGUGGCAUUGACUCGAUGGAUAAAGAGGUCAAGACGUAUGCUUCGAAGUUGGAGAAGGCAUUUGAUGAUGAUGAAGCGGCCAGCGUAUUGAAGUCCAAGUCGGAGACUGGAGAGAAGAAGGAAAAGAAGAUUCAAAUCUCUACGAAACUGGAGAAGCUGACCAAGCCUCAAGGCCGUCGUCGCCUGAUGAAACCUGAGGACGAUUCGGACGAUGAUACGGAGGAUUCGGACGAGGACAUGAGCAUGGACCUGACUACGUACAAGCAAAAGGGAUUGGACAAGGUUGGUCUGCCUGAGUGGGAACGAACACGCUUCAAGACCGCCAAGUCUCGUGCUGAGUGGACCAAGCGUGCAGGCCUGGACGGAACUAAGGAGAAGGAGGAGGCCGCGUGGCUACUCUCGCACAAUGUGUGUCGUAUCACGACUAAGCAGGUGGAGAAGCUGCUGGAAAUCUCGUUGUACAAAUACAACCGCGCUGAAAUGGAGCCUGGAGAGGCAGUGGGUGCUGUUGGCGCGCAGUCGAUCUCUGAGCCUGGUACGCAGAUGACGCUGAAGACCUUCCACUUUGCCGGUGUCGCUAGUAUGAACGUGACGCUCGGUGUGCCGCGUCUGAAGGAGAUUAUCAAUGCGUCCAAGGUCAUUAGUACGCCCAUUAUCACGGCCGCGUUGGUGUGCAAGACUGACGAGCGUUCGGCGCGUAUUGUUAAGGGUCGGAUUGAGAAGACGACGCUGGGAGAGAUCGCCGUGCACAUCAAGGAAGUCUUUGCUCGUGAUCAAGCGUAUCUGUCGGUCAAGUUAGACUUGACUGCUAUCGAGCAGCUUCACCUUAACAUCACGGCGCGUUCUGUACGUAACAGUAUCCUGAACGCCGUGGGUGUAGGUCCUCGUGGUGUGCUGCGUCUACUGAAGGAGCAGCAUGUGCUAUUGAACGCUCGCUGUCCCGAUAAACUACGUCUGCUAGCACCUCCUAACUACAAGGGUGCCAAGGGAGACACACGCGGCGCGUACUUUGCUCUACAGGCGCUCAAGGCCGAACUACCGGGUGUGAUUGUGCAGGGUAUCCCGACGGUGAACCGUGCGGUGAUCAACUAUGAAGAAGUGCAGGACUCGAGCGCAGCCAAGUCGCUUCACUUGCUGGUUGAGGGCUACGGUCUCGCUGAAGUCAUGGGUAUCCCGGGUGUGGACGGACUUCACACUACGUCUAACCACAUUAUCGAGGUGGAGAAGACGCUGGGUAUUGAGGCCGCGCGUGAACUUAUCAGCUCUGAGGUCAACUACAUCAUGAGCGCGUACGGUAUUGGUAUCGACAGGCGUCACUUGAUGCUGCUGUCGGAUAUCAUGACGUUCAAGGGUGAGGUGCUGGGUAUCACACGCUUCGGUAUCGCCAAGAUGAAGGAGAGUGUGCUCAUGCUGGCAUCGUUCGAGAAGACCACGGAUCAUCUUUUUGAUGCCGCAGUCCACUCACGUACGGAUGCUAUUGUGGGCGUCAGUGAGUGUAUUAUCAUGGGUAUUCCGAUUCCUCUCGGCACGGGCAUCUUCAAACUGCUGCGACAGGUUGACAAGCCGCGCGUGCAGCAAAGACGGCCGCUUCUUACCGGACUUUAGACGAGCGAUGACUACCUAAAAGAGGACAAGAAGAUGGUGUAGCCAGCACUUUUAAACUGUUCUUUACUUGUUGCUGGAGCUAUUGUCCUUUCAAUUUGACUUGGUUACCCUCUGAUGCCCUUUCAAUGAAGGCUUUCAUAUCUGGUAACAAAUGAGGUCCAACAAGUC